AUGCACAUCAUGAUGCAUAUCUACACGGGGCUCAUCGGUGUUGCAUCGGCCUUCGGUUCGCUUGAGCGCAGCCACGCCGACGUCCACUUGAUGCAGCAGCGUCUCAGGAAAGAAGACCCUGAUCCCGUGCAGAGUGAGCCUUUCCCACUGCCCCCCGUCGUCUUCGAGGAAACGGACGACGGCGCGGGCAAGCUGCACGUCGUGGUCGAAUUCGAGGAGAAUAGCACAGCACAGUCGCGCCAGGCGCAAAACCCAUACACCGUAUAUGGUACCUCAGGCCACUGCUCUGUUUGCGGCAGAUCAGGGUACAAUUGUCUCGACCAAGGCGGUAGCUACGAUGUGGCGUGGGCCAAUGUGAAUUUUGGUGGCGUCAACUUGGGCACAGUCACCAAGUGGACAAUAACGGCAUACGGAGCUAAGUGCAGCAUUGGGACUCUGUCAAUGACGUUGUCAGGCACGACCGCCUCAGGAUAG